AUGAGGACGGCUCUAGCCCUGAGCUGCGUGGUGCUUCUGGCGGCGCUGUGUGUGGCGCGAGACCUGCGCCAGAAGCGGGACGCCGACCUCGAGCCCGCCGCCUCGCACCACCACGAGAAGGGCGGCGGCAAGGAGCACCACGCGCACCACCAUCACGAACACGGUGGCAAGGGACACAAGGGCUACAAGGGACAUCACCACCACGAACACGGCAAGAAGGGACACCACCACCACGAAGGACAUAAAGGUCAUCACGACGAACACGGUGGGCACAAAAAGCACCACCACCACGAUGAAGGCCACCACCACGAGCACCACCACGGCGAAAAGGGUGAAAAGGGCCACGGAUUCGAAGAAAAGGGGCAUUACCACAAAGGGCACUCCACCAAGGGACACCAUGGCGUUCAUAAGUUAGACGAGUUCAAGAAAGACAAACACUUCCACCACAAGCACGGAGAGUCCGGAUACCAUGAAGGCCACGGUGGUCAUCACCACGAACACGGCCAUAAGAAGGGCGGCCACUUCCACAAGGGUCACAAGCACGGUGGACACCACGAGCAUCACAAGGGACACAAGGGCCACCACGAGAAGGGAGGCCAUCACCACGACCACAAGGGCCACCACGACGAGGGCAGCCACCACGAGCACCACCACCACCACCAUGACCACGGCAAGAAGGGCGGCCACGAAGACCACAAGCACUGGGGAUUCAAGAAGGGACAUUAA